CGGAAACUUCAUAGUUGCAGUGGCGACCGAAAGACUUGAACUUCCUCUUUCAUACCAGGCAAUAUGUCGAAAAGAGGACGUGGUGGUUCUGCGGGAGCCAAGUUCAGGAUUUCCCUGGGUCUACCGGUCGGCGCCGUUAUUAAUUGCGCCGAUAAUACGGGGGCCAAAAACUUGCACGUUAUUGCUGUACAAGGAAAUAAGGGUCGUCUCAACCGUAUGCCAGCAGCUGGUCCAGGUGACAUGAUCGUUGCUACCGUCAAGAAGGGAAAGCCUGAACUCAGGAAAAAAGUCAUGCUCGCGGUGGUAAUUCGCCAGCGUAAGCCAUUCCGAAGGAAGGAUGGUGUUUUCAUAUACUUUGAGGAUAACGCAGGGGUUAUAGUAAACAACAAAGGUGAAAUGAAGGGGUCAGCUAUCACCGGUCCCGUUGCUAAAGAGUGUGCGGAUCUCUGGCCAAGGAUUGCAUCGAAUGCAAGCAGUAUCGCCUAGAAUCGUAACACCCUGUACAAAACCCUGGAAAAACUUUCAACUUAAUAAACACGAACCUGAAUUCA